AUGAGAAAAUCUAUUGUUUCACUCUUUUUAGUUUUUGGAAUCGUCGGAUUCGCCAACACUCAAGGCACUGCUCAAGCUGAGGAUCUCAUGAAUCUCAAGUUUUUGGGAGAAAACAUUUCUACAUUGUCAACAGGCUAUGACGCAACACUUAAGAUUGCACCAAACGUUAACACAUACGUUAAAUAGAAAUUAUCGGAGUAUGGAGCUACCAUGAAUCUUCAAGAAGCAUCAGCAAAUUCAGGAGCACCAUCAGGAGGAGAAACUUAACCACCUGUUGCUGGCUCAGGCACCCAAUAAGAUCCAUCAACUCAAAACACUAAACCAGUUGAAGGAACCACCACACCCAAUACUGCAGAUUCAACUAAACAAGAGGGAGCUGGAUCAACCUCAGAUGGUACACAACCUAAGACUGAAACUGGAUCAACUCCCCCCACAAAUAAUCAAGAUGCAGCAACAAAAAACACUGGCACUGAUUCAAAUACCUAACCAGGCUAAGAUACCACCACCCCAAUAAAUGAAGGGGAAUUUAAACCAAUCACUGAUGGCUCAAAUACAGGCACUUAGACACCCAAUACUGAUUCAAAGACUCCCAACACUGACAAUUAGACUCCCAACACUGACAACAAGGCUCCCAACACUGACAACAAGACUCCCAACACUGAGAACCAGACUCCCAACACUGACAACAAGACUCCCAGCACUGACAACAAGACUCCCAGCACUGACAACAAGACUCCCACCCCAGACAAUAAAACACCAACAGCAGAUAAUAAGACUCCAAACCCAGACACAAAGACACCUGAGUCAAAGCCAACAGAUGAGAAAAAAGAUGAUGCCAAACCGAAUCCACCUAAAACAGAAGACGACAAAAAGACUACAACUGAAGAUGAUGAACCUGUUGAUACUGACGGAGAUAUCAGAUGGUACUCUUACACUUUCAUGUCUCUUGCCAUAGUUGGAUUAGGCGUUGGACUUUUCUUCCUCCUUAGAAACAAGAAGGUGAUUCAAGAAGAUGCUACCGACAAGUACACCAAACAACACUGA